AUGGGAAGUUUCAUGGCGGGAAAAUUUGGUUGGGGGGUUUUGUGGGUUUGGGUGUUGGUGGUGAUGGGCUGUGCAUGUGUUGAGGGUAGGAAACUUGAUGAGAAGAACGAUGGAGGAGUGAAGAAGCCAGAGUGGUUUUUUGAUGGUAAUCCAGGAUGGGGUGGUGGUGGGUGGAAAGGGCUGAGUUUUGGUAAGGGGGUGGGGUUUAGUUUUGGUUCUGGAAAACCUGGCAUUGGCGGGAAACCUGAUUGUGUUGGUGGGGGUGGGGGUGGCGGGAUUGGUGGUGGAGGUGGAAUUGGCGGCGGCAGUGGUGGGGGGAUAGGUGGUGGUGGCGGGAAACACCACAAGAAGAAGGAAAAGAAGCAUUAUGGUGGUGGUGUUGGAGGAGGAAUUGGCGGUGGAGGUGGAACUGGAGGAGGAAUUGGUGGUGGAGGUGGUGCGGGAGGUGGUGGUGGUAUUGGAGGAGGGGCUGGAGGAGGCAUUGGAAAGGGAAUAGGUGGUGGAGGUGGUGCGGGAGGUGGUGGUGGUAUUGGAGGAGGGGCUGGAGGAGGCAUUGGGAAGGGAAUAGGUGGUGGAGGUGGUGCGGGUGGAGGAGGAGGUGGUGGUGGUAUUGGAGGAGGGGCUGGAGGAGGCAUUGGGAAGGGAAUAGGUGGUGGAGGUGGUGCGGGUGGAGGAGGAGGUGGUGGUGGUAUUGGAGGAGGGGCUGGAGGAGGCAUUGGGAAGGGAAUAGGUGGUGGUGCUGGUGGUGGAUUUGGGGGAGGCAUAGGUAAAGGGAUUGGUGGGGGAAUAGGAGGUGGUGGUGGUGGUGGUGGCGGCGGCGGCGGCGGAGGCAUCGGCAAAGGAAUUGGUGGAGGCGCUGGUGGUGGAUUCGGGGGAGGUGUAGGCAAAGGGAUUGGUGGUGGUGGAGGAGGCUUCGGAGGAGGUUGGGGGGCGGCUCUGGCGGAGGGAUUGGAGGAGGUUUUGGGGGCGGCAGUGGUGUUGGUGGAGGAAUCGGUGACGGUGGUGGAGGAUUUGGUGGGGGUGGAGGUGGAGGUGGAGGUGGAGGUGCUGGAGGGGGCAUUGGCGGAGGUGCCUGAAUCGGCAACGACGGUGGUGUAA